AUGCAGGUCUUUGCAUCAACUCUGAUUGGACAAAACAAGAAACUACUGCGUGAAAGACAAAGGGCAUGUUCUCUGCUCUAUCGUCUUCUGCCAAAGGCAGUAGCCAAUCAGCUUAAAAAAAACGAGAAAGUUACAGCUGAGUCAUAUGACAUGGCAACUGUGUUCUUCUCCGAUAUCGUAGGCUUCACCAGUAUUUGUUCUCUUAGUUCCCCCUUACAAGUUGUCAGAAUGCUGAAUUCACUCUACUCAUUGUUUGAUCAGCGCAUUGGCCAAUAUGAUGUGUAUAAAGUGGAGACCAUUGGUGAUGCGUACAUGGUUGUAUCAGGUGUACCUCUUCGCAAUGGAAAACAACACGUGGGAGAAAUUGCUUCAUUGUCAUUGGAUCUACAGUACAACAUAUCAAAGCUGGAAAUACCUCAUUUGCCUGGAACCACAUUAAAAUUGCGUAUUGGAAUACACACAGGUAAAGUUGUUGCUGGUAUUGUUGGAACAAAAAUGCCUCGCUAUUGUUUAUUUGGUGAAACUGUAAACAUCGCUGAACGCAUCGAAAACGCAGGAUUACCUGAUCGCAUUCAUGUUAGCAAACAUUCACAUGACCUUCUCACAGAAAUAGGUGGAUAUUAUAUGUCUGAAAGAGGUAUCAUGGACUUUGAGGGUAAAGGACAAUUUAAAACUUACUGGCUGAAUGGAAAGGAUGGUUUUGAACCGGAAAACGCAUUCGAUGCAACUCCAAACAUCAACGUACCGUCGUUAUGCAAUUAG